ACCGCGGGCGGUUCCGCGCGGCCGCCCACCAUCUCCGCCGCCCCAGGAAACCUUCGCCCAUGCCGCCGCCGACGACGCGUCGCCCUCUUUUCCUCGCCCCCCGCGCCUCCCCCGCUCCCCGUCCGAACCUGCCAUGGCCGCCUCCAGGCCCCUGCCGCUCCGCCUCGCCGUGCCGCUGGCCCUCGCCCUCCUGCUCGCGCUCGCCCUCGUCGCCGACUUCCUCCGGGCCUCCUCCUCCUCCCGCCGCAUCUCCGCCAGAACGGCGAAGGGGAAGCGCGCCAAGGCAGUCGAGCGUGCGGUGGGGCACCUGAACGCGACGUACGCCGACCUUCCAGCGCCGCGCUGGGACUGGGAGGAGAUGCCCGCGGCGCCCGUGCCACGCCUCGACGGGGCGGCCGUGCAGAUUGGGGAUCUCCUAUACGUCUUCGCUGGGUACGGGAGCCUCGAUCAUGUUCAUUCUUAUGUGGAUGUGUACAAUUUCACUUCAAACACAUGGACUGAAAGGUUUCAUAUGCCCAAGGAGAUGGCACAUUCGCAUUUAGGAAUGGUGUCAGAUGGUAGAUAUGUUUACGCAGUUUCUGGACAAUAUGGACCACAAUGCCGUGCCUCAAUAAACCGCAAUUUUGUUUUAGACACAGAGACAAAAGAGUGGCGUGAAUUGCCCCCUUUACCAUUGCCCAGGUAUGCACCAGCUACUCAGCUUUGGCGUGGGCGGCUCCAUGUGAUGGGUGGUGGCAAAGAAGACCGUCAUGAACCUGGAUUGGAGCACUGGAGCCUUGCUGUCAAGGAUGGUGAAGCACUGGAGAAUGAGUGGCGAGCUGAAGUACCCAUACCACGCGGUGGACCUCAUAGGGCAUGUGUUGUAGCUAACGAUAAACUAUUCGUAAUUGGUGGACAAGAAGGAGACUUCAUGGCUAAACCAGGAUCACCUAUUUUUAAAUGUGUACGGAGGCAUGAGGUUGUGUAUGGUGAUGUGUAUAUGCUAGAUGAUGGAUCCAAGUGGAAGCAAGUGUCUCCAAUGCCAAAGCCAGAUUCCCACAUUGAAUUUGCAUGGGUUGUUGUUAAUAACUCCAUAGUAAUUGUUGGUGGAACAACAGAGAAGCAUCCUAUCACCAAAAAGAUGAUUCUUGUUGGUGAAGUCUUCCGGUUUGAUUUGGAAACAAUGACAUGGUCAGUCAUUGGGCGCAUGCCUUUCCGGAUCAAGACAGCCUUAGCUGGUUAUUGGCAGGGUUGGCUCUAUUUUACUUCGGGGCAGCGAGAUCGGGGGCCUGAUAACCCGGGUCCUAAAAAAGUUGUUGGUAGUAUGUGGAGAACAAGGCUACACCUUUGAUAUUAGUAGUUAUGACAGGGAUUUUCUGUACAUUAUAGAUCUAAGUCUGUUUUUGUACUAGUGAUAAAAAAAGUCUGUUUUUGUACUAACAACUAGGGAUCUCAAAUGCUCAGACAAUUGCUCUUGUCCUCAAUUUUGUAGUCUUCUAAUUCAUGUUGUCCAUUUUGACUAGAUGUUUUAACUUACAGCACUUGUAGGAUAUUUGCUUUCAAAUCAGCAGAGUACUGAUAGCAUAACCUUUUUAAGUGUCUUUUCUAACAAAGGUUCUUGACUCUUAAGUACUGUAGUUCACACAAGCAGAGGUUUCUGGCUUCCUGUAGAUCUGCAUCCAUUUCCAUUUUCUGACAGCCAGGGGCCCCAGUUGCUCAUCCCACCUUUUCUGUGCUAACAUGUCUCCUGAUUUCUUGUUAAUGAUGUCUACUUGUUUUGGUUCUCACGUCUGGAACUUAAAGUUCAGAGAUGCCUCCAAACAACCAGAAGAACUUUCUAAAGCAAUCUUGCCCUGCAAUGGACGUAAGCAACUAUCAAACUUUGUGGAAAAGAAUUAUUCUUAUUGGAAAUAUUCAAUGAAAAGUAAUGGAAUAAAGGAGAAACACUGUAUGCUGAUGUAUUCUUUUCCUAGCUGUUGCAGAGAGGAUGGAAAUAUUUGAUGCUUUGUUUUUUUUUCCCGUUGCCUUCUUCUAUUUUGCUCCAGAUGUAUUCUCACAAAUUGACCAGAACAUGCCUCUGGCAAAAUUCUUGAUGUUUUCCUGUACAGCAGCGGAUGAUUCAGCAAACACCUUUGUUUUAUAUUUUUUGUGGGUCGUUGCAAAAUAAGAUUCAAUAUCAGAUCAUAUUUAUAGCCUUUGUUACAACUGGGUUGGCCAUCUGUUUGUAUAGUAUUAUUGUUCUGUAAUCAUGACAACAUCUGUCCAAUUAUCUGA